GAAUUAGGAUUGAUACGAAAGCCAGCCUCAUUUAUGACAUCAAUAUGCGAUGAACGAGGCGAUGAGCUGCUCUAUGCGGGUGUCCCAAUAUCACGAGUGCUUGAAGAGGACAUCGGCAUUGGUGGUGUUCUCAGUUUACUUUGGUUUCAGGUGUGUAAUACUGGAAUUUGA